CGACUGAUAGACGCCAGGUCGAGAUAUGGCGAAGAAGAUAAUGCGUGGGCCAGUUUCGAGAUAGGAACUCCAGCAUGUUAUCUCGUAUCGCGAUACUGGCAACAGGGUUCGUUUUCGGGUUCCUUCAUUUGGUCAGCGGCCGCUGUCACACAGUCGUGAACGUUGCAACGGCGUCGCAACAGACAUCAGCAUCCGAGAGGUUUAAGGAUCGCCUCCGUAUCGGGAAUAACCACGCUCGAGCUGGUCAAUCACAGCGCGCGGGGUUCGGAUAGGCGAUCUGCGUAGACCAGCAAGAGUGGCGUCUCCGUCACCGACCGCGGCGAACAUGUACCGAAAGGUGGGGAGCUUCUGCCGGAUCAGAUAAUGUAGUCCAGUAGCUUACCUCCGAGGUUCAAGCUGCUUUAAAAGCUUCAGUCGACAUCGCAACGCUGCUGCUAUCAAUCAUCGGCGUUCUCAGAAUCGUGAAUAGACCAUGUCGGCGCAAAACUGGGAGAAGAUCGCCGAAGCGAAACAAGCGGCCCUGACGGCAUCAAUCCCGUCCGAGUAUCGCGUGCCGAAGGACCUCCUGCCACCAGACUCGCAACUCGACGUUACACCAUGGCCCCAGCAAUCAGGCUGGUUUACAGCAGAAGAGUUACAGAUCACUGGCAGCACCGCAUCAGACAUCCUGCAGAAACUUGCGUCGAAAACAUGGACGUCUGCAAAUGUAACCAAGGCUUUCUGCAAACGAGCAGCUGCAGCACACCAGCUUACCAAUUGCUUAAGCGAUGCAUUCUUUGAAGAAGCUAUUAGAAGCGCUACAGCUCUCGACGACCAUCUUCAGCGAACUGGACAGCUGGUAGGGCCGCUGCACGGUCUGCCGAUCUCGCUCAAGGACAACUUCAACAUCAAAGGCAAAGACAGCACCGUCGGCUUCACGUCUUUGGUAGACAAACCAGCCGAGUAUAAUGCUACUUUGGUUGAUAUACUGGAAGGACUCGGUGCGGUACGGUACUGCAAGACCAACGUACCCACAGCCAUGAUGAUCGCUGAAUCCGUUAACAACACAUUCGGCCGCACCGUCAACCCGUUAAAUCGUGCCCUCACUUCUGGUGGUUCAUCAGGCGGGGAAUCAGCACUCAUCGCCUUUGGAGGCAGUCCACUUGGAGUCGGAACAGACAUCGGCGGCAGUUUGAGAAUUCCCGCCGCGUGUACGGGUAUUUUUACACUUCGACCCAGCCAUGGUCGGUUCACGACGCAAAGAUGUCGAUCGGGGCUUGCGGGCCAGGAGGCUGUUAAAAGCGUCAACGGACCUAUGGCAAGAACGCUAGAAGACAUCACGAUGUAUUCAAAGGCUGUUAUUGAUGCAAAGCCAUGGCUACUUGAUCCUACGAUGCUACCUAUUCCUUGGCAGCCUGUAGAGCAAAAGCAAAAGCUCAAAAUAGCCGUCAUGUGGAACGAUGGGAUAUGUACGCCUACUCCACCUGUCACGCGGGCGUUGAAGGAGACAGUACAGAAGCUGAAGGAUGCCGGGCAUGAACUGAUUGAAUGGGACCCGAAGGAGCUCCACCCCAAGGCACUGCAGAUCCUGGGGCGCAUGUUUGUAGCAGAUGGCGGCAAGAGUGUCGAAGCCCUCCUGAACCCCACCGGUGAGCCAUGGCGACCAGAAAUGAAGAUGUAUGAGGAUGCUACGGAGCUGGGCACGCACGGCAUGUGGGGACUUCAUCUUGAACGUACUGAAUUACAGCGUCAAUACCUCGAGAAGUGGAAGUCUGUCGAUAGUCUUGAUGCCAUUUUGUGCCCAACAACACCGUACGCGAGCGUCAAACAUGGCGACUUCAAGUACGUCGGUUACACUGGUGUGUAUAACGUCGUUGACUACUCGGCCGUGUCUUUCCCCUGUGGCAUAUCCGCAGAUAAGGCUGUAGAUGCAGCUAUCACAGACUACAAACCACUCAGCGAAUAUUGCCAGGCUGCUUACGACAGCUAUGAUGCUGAGGCUGUGCAUGGGAUGCCGGUCAGCCUUCAGCUUGUUGCGCAGAGGCUGGAAGAGGAGAAGGUUCUUGCUAUGACAGCGACUGUGCUACAAGCACUUUAAAUCUCUUGCAGUACGACUAGACGAGGAUGAAAUACAAUGUUGAUAGCGUGGUGUUCGCUGUCGCAGCUACCCUGUCCGCGUGGCGAGAUGAAUUGUGGUGAGGCAAGUACGUCCAAUCUCAGUAAACAAUACAACCAGUCAAGCUGAACUUCAUUCCCUCGCACUCAUGAGACCACAUCCAUACCUUCACCAUUGCCUAUUCUUUUCGCCCC